CAUGUCUUGCCAGUCCAAGUCAGGAUGGGAAUCUCGUAUCCGCCAAUCCUCCGGCUUGCGGCUACCUACGAGCUUGGUCUAUGCGCAGACAGAGACAGAGAAAGGACACCAGAAUCAUGGCACCUUCUCGUCAUCAUCAUUGUCGUCGCUGCUGUCGUUAACUUUGUUUGCGAAAUUUCCCUUCGGUGCUCGACGACCACCACCUUCCCCAUACCCAAGCCUCACCAUCGCUCGUUUGUCAUUAACAGGAAAAUCUCCAAUCACCCUGCAGGACCACCCUUGUCAGUCCAUAUCAUCACCUGCACGAAAAGCUCCGUCGCACAUGCAUGUGCUUGCAAUCGUUACAUCCCUCCUCCAGCGACAACCCCGUUGCAUUGUCGAGCUCUCCAACACCAACACCUCUUAAUCUAAUGCUUGAAUCAUAAUAUUGCACACCUCUCAUCCUCCACAGCAAUGCCGUUCUUCAGAGAUCUGCGCAGACGCUCAAAAGCGAGCUUCCGGACCUCCGACUCCUCAACAGAAUCCAAUGGCACAGUCCCAACUGCAAAAUCAUCCUCGACACUCAAUUCCACUGGGGGAAGUACGACACCACCUUCCACCUACCACGCCAAUGGGUCUACUUCGAAUGUGCUCGGCUCGGCGAAGACAAACGGGGACACUCCGCCGCUGCCUCAACGACCGAGCGUCAUGGUCCCACCCUCGAACAGGAACAGUAUGAUAACUUUGUCGCCCUCUGGCUCGAAUGGCGCAAUGCGAGUCCCGCUUCCCACCUCUGCCUACGCACCCAAAAUCACAUCGAUCUUGGACAAUUCUGUGGUUUAUUCAAAAGUACUGUCGGUCAGCGGCGAAAUUGGAGAUCCCAACAUGAAAGCAUUGGACGGCAACUUGACAGUCCAUCACGAUAAGGACGGACAGGCUUUCCAGCCUACAAACUGGCCGGUAUCCGACUCUUACUUCAAAGCUCUGGUAUACCUAUCGCCCGGAUGGAACAAGAUACGAUUUGAUUUUACCUCCCCAAAACUCAGUUCCAUCAGCAGCGCUUCGGCUCCCACAGCACAUAGCUCCUACAUAAUGUUGAACUACUUACCCUUGAACAGCGCCCCGCCUUUGCAGUUGGUCAUCCUUGCUGGCAAGGACUCACCCUGCACGUUCGACGCAGUUCCACAACGAGUACAAACCGAAGGCAACGACCUCUCCAUGGCCAUCAGGAAAUUCCGCAUGGCCGCUCAUUUGUGGCAGGCAUUCACGGCUGAACAAAUGUACAGAAACAAGUUUGGACGCCGGUGCUUCAGAUUCGAUGAAGAGUGGCAGACGGGCACACUUUCCAUUCGUGAUUGGGAAACGGGCCAGAUGAAGAAUGAGACCAGAGUGCAUGUCGUACGGUCGGAAAAGACUACUGCAGAACUGCGAGAUCUGCAGUACGCACAACAGCACUCCCCUGCAGCCCAGAAAGGUGAACUGUAUUCAAUUGCCGCAGAUGCCGUCAAGAAAUAUUUCAACAUCCGGCCAGGUCAAAAGCAGUAUGUGGCCUGUCUGCUGCUUGACGCUCACUGGGAUCCAGAAGCGGACACUAUCCGCGGCCACGCUGCACUGGGCGGUACCGGUGACGAUCUCGGUCUAGCAAUCUUCGGCUCCCACGCGCUUCAGAGCUAUCCUUCAUGCAUCGAAGAGAUUGUCCCGGCCUUUAUGGACUGCACGAAGACCGACACCAAAUUCGUCGCAAACGACUGCAAUGAGUCCGGAAGCAGUUGGGAAGCUGCCAAUAUUGGCAUUGGCGCUCAUCUCCACGAAGUUGGCCACCUAUUUGGAUGCCCUCACCAACAGAAUGGUGUGAUGCUAAGAGACUAUGUGCGCCUCAACCGAUCUUUUGUCAUUCGUGAGGCAUACUCGACCCGGACGAAAUCACCCGGUCUCAAAGUUUGCCGGCAGGAAGAUGAAUGUGGUUGGCACAGAUUAGAUGUUUUGCGCUUUCGAUAUCAUCCUUGCUUCAGACUCCCUGGCGACGAAUCUUUGUCACAGGACGACAGUAUUCAAUAUUUUCCUGCUGGUAAUGGACGAAUCAUCUGCUCGGCUGCCACCGGAAUCUCCUUUGUUGAGCUCUGGAUGGAAGGCGACGAUGUGUGCCGACAUUGGAUCGAUUUCACAAAUAGCGAUUCUCGAAACAGCAGCCUUCCUAGGCAGGUCACCUUGACAGAGAGCGAUCUCCGCGCUCGCCUUCCCGAAGACAAGAAGAAGGUUAAAUUGGCUCUCGAAAUCUUCAGUGGCGGUUCCAGGAAGGAGAGAAUCGAUGAUGCGGAUGAUCUUUUAUCGAAAAAGAAUAUUGUCAGUCUACCGCUUGUCAGACAGGCUCCCAAACGAGAUGAAGGCUUGACCAUGAAUGCCUAUAACAAUGUCAUGGGUCUAGGCAAAUCAUUUGAUUCCAGGCCUGGCUUCAGGGGCAAGAAGCUAGGCCACUCUCAGCUGGAAGGCUCCAGACCAGAAGAAGUAAUUCUGGAGAGCACUCACCUUCAAACAAAGCUUUUAACGUCGGUCAAGGUAUAUCAUGGAUAUGCUCUCGAUGGGAUCGAGUUCUGCUACGAGGAUGGUCACAGUCAAUUGUUUGGGAAAAGAGGCGGCAAACCCGGCGGUGAUGAAUUCUUUCUUGAUACGCGCCGAGGCGAAACAAUACUCGGGUUCUAUUUGCGGGCGGGGCUUUGGGUCGAUGGUAUAGAGAUCUUGACCAGUACUGGACGACGAUCAGGAGUCUAUGGCAAUGCUACAGGAGGAUCUGGGCAUACUUUGAUGGCUCCUCGUGGUUACAUGCUUGCUGGCAUUUCAGGCAGUUGCGGACCAUGGAUAGACGGUUUCCAGAUCAUCAUCACGCGGUAAUGCUUUCUAGGGGCGCGCAACAACAUGAUUGAUGGCGGAAUAUUCCAUGGUCUGCGAGGUGGGUAUCAUCAAAAUUGCGGUGUUGGCUCCUGGGUGAAUUAACUAACGGGAGAAACACAACAACUGGGUUUAAUGAUUCAAGCAAGCGCAGCAUCGCGUAAGACGUCUACGCCUUUAGUCUUGUAAGCCUUUCUUGGGCGCAACAUUUUUACCAACGCACCCGACGACGGGAUACGGGAUGCCAGAGUGCUGGGGACAGAACCCCUACCAUUAAUUGUGGAAGCAAAGUCGAAUCAAUUGGGAGGAAUCCUAUGUCUUAUUAGACGCGAACCUCGUGUGGUCGAAUGAGCAAAAGUGGUCAUGUUAUGGAGGCCGAGCAAUACAACCUUUGCAAUAUGAGGUAGGUCAAGUGGCAACUGCCACCGUGGCCUACGGGAGCUUCAUGAUGGGUAUGAUCUCCAGAUAUUAGUAAUGAUCAGGAUUAUAAUUCAAGGUCAAUCAUCAAAAUUGUCG